UACCUCCCCUCCACUCGUCAGUAAACACAGCAUGUGUAGGGAGACGUAAAUAAUGGGUAAGAAAGGCAAAAGAUUCAUAGAUAAGCGACGCGAUGUCCUGCACACCUUUAAGGUUGUGCCUCGCAGUCAGCGGGAUCCAUUGGUUACCGAUGAAACUGCUCCCCAAGCUGUCUUACAACCAUCUGAAGAUAAUUCCAAGAAAACUGAACUGGAGAAAUUUGGCAUCUUUUUCGAUGAUGACUACAACUACCUGCAACACCUGAGGGGUGUACGUGAAGCUGUUAACUGGGAUGAAGAAGAACUGGAAGUGUACACCAUCCGCAGAGAAGACCCCCAGAUGGGCAAAAAAGAACUGCGUGGAAAGAAACUUCUGUUGCCAUCCUCAGCAUUCGAGUCUUUUGUGGAGGAACCCAUUGGACUUCUGAAUAAAGCUGCUCCUGUCACAGGUCCACGGCCAGAGUUGGACCCAGAUGUUGUGGCUGGUUUAGAUGAUGACUUCUUUGAAGAAACUGCAGUUUGCAAUCCUGAUGACGAUGGCGCUCUCCCAGAUAACUUUGUUGUAAUGCUCAACUCUGAAAAUCCUGUCAAUGAAUUUGAGGAGGAUGAUGGGGAAUGGGAGGAUUGUGAGGAGGAUGAAGAUAUCUGGGGAAAUUGUGGGGAUGAAGAUGGAGAGAUGCCUGCUUUGGAGGAUUUGAAUAAUGGUCUUCAGUACCUUCCAUCCUUAUCUAAGUUGAGUGCGUAUAGGGAGAAGGCACAAGACGAAGGAUAUGAUGCCGAUGAGGAAGAACGAGAUUUCAGCAGCGACUUCAACGACAGUGAUGACGAAGCGAGGGAUGACUUGUGCAGCCUUGAUGGGCCGUCCAGAACUUUCAGAGACGAGGAGACCAAAUCUCACUUCACCAACUAUUCUCUCUCUUCAUCAAUUCUCCGGAGAAAUGACCUACUCACCAAACUGGAUGAUUGUUUUGAGGAGAAGUUCAUACGGGAGUACCAAGAUGAGCAUGUUGGAGCUUUGGAUGGCGAGGAUAUUGAUGGUUUCGUGGGAGAAGAGUCUCCUCUUUUCCAGCAAGUUUUAGAGCAGACUCACAAGCAGCUGCAGGAGGACACUGAGGACGAUCGUACCAGGAUUAUCAAGUGGAUUAAAGACAUGCAAGACAGAAGAGUUAAUAUGAAGGAGGAGAAGGAUGAGGUGGAAUUGUCAGAUGAUGAACACGGGGAAAAGUGGGACUGUGAAUCAAUCCUGACCACUAAUUCCACCUUAUACAAUCACCCACGCACAAUUACCGACCCUCCACGUCGCAAGAAGAUUGCAGUUGAUCCACGGACUGGAAUUCCGAUAGAUCACGGAGUUGGUGGAUUGACAAGAAAGAACUUAGCCCAACAUGACAAAGUUGCUGCUGGAUCGGAUGACGCUCAAUUGGAGACACAGACACUGAUUACAAGUAUGUCCGCUAUCUCUAUUCGGCCUCCUGGGGAGACCACAGAGGAACGAAGGUUUAGAAAGAAAGCUUUGAAAGAACUCCGGAGGGAGAGACGUAUUGAAAAGAAAUUGAAUAGAGCUGCAUUCAAGGAUGAAAAGAAGAGGCAGGAGAAGAUACUUAUGAAUAACAAAUAUAAUAGUAAAAUAUCCAUGGUGUAAGAGCUUUCUUUGUCUCAAGAGUUUUUUCCUUUCUUCCUUUAUUUUUACAUAGGCUUUUAUCACUUUUUAAGCUAAUCAGAUGUUCAUAUUAUAUUUGUUGCUCUUUAUAUUUCAAUUUAUUAUUAUAUAAAUGUGAGUUGUGUACUGUACAAGCUUUCAGAGGAACGUCAUGGAUGACGUGGAUAUAAGAAUUGCCAAUUUGAGUGUUUGGGAAUGAGGAAUAAUUCCUAAUAAUUCUGGACCAAUCAGAGUGCUCCAGUUGCUUUAUGUUAUACCUGCAGAGCCUUUGACUGGCCAGUGAAUAAUGUAUCCAGCAGAGAUAUAAUAUACCAAUUGCUAAGCUAAUACUGUUUAGACUAUAUUUACUUCUGCUCACCAAGAUAUACAGCAUAUUAAUAUAUUUCAAUUUCUGCAUGUUUCAUUCCCCUAUCAUCGAAAACAAAUUCUUUAAUAUAUCCUGUUUUGCAUACAGUGUGUAUUUAAUGAGAUGUUUUCAGUAUGGAAUUUAUUUAUUCAACUGUCUUCAAUUUCAUUUAUUAAACUCAACAUAACUCUGUAGAACUGCACACCAUAUACCGUCUCAAAUAUUUGUCUGUAUGUUAUAUCAAUAUACCAAAUAUUAUGAAUAUGA